UGCAGUAAUAGCCCUUUCAGCCGAGGCCUCACCCCACUGCACGUCAGACGCACGCAACGACGAGUUUUAACGGUCCUCACUCACAGAAAUACACAUAAUGGAUAAUGAUGCCGUGAUGGAAGGCGGCAGCUCCUCCGUACAGGUAGCGCCGCGGCUGCCCAGUAUUGAGAGUGAAUACACUUCCUCUUUGAUGCCCAAUGUCCUCCCACCUGUCCGCGAGUUUCGAGAUAUCCAAGUCAAGGUGCAUAUUCGUCGACCUGAGAAGGACUCCUGGGCAUAUCUUGGACGUGCUUUAGUAUCACAGGAAGUAGUAGGCCAGUCCUCUCGUGUCGUUGUACGCUCGUUGACAUCUAGCAAAGUGUUGGUCGCAUUCGGAGAGGUAUCCGAGCUCCAGGCCGAAAAACGUGGCAACUUCGUUGUCGUCGGUUGCGUCGAGGGUUCUCGGGUUAUCUCAUGGUCUUUGAACGCCGUGAACAACUCCGAAACGCUUCGCCUGCUUGCAAGCAUUGAACUUGCAUGCUAUCGUUGCAGACUCGCCGUAGUUGAUCCACGAACCCAUACCAAGGCUCGUCGGCGCAUUGAGCGCGUCAUUAAAGAGGAUAGACGCAGGAGACAUAGGCGUCGUAAAGACCAGGAUGCAAUGAUUGACGCAUUCCAGCAACAGCAUCUCGGCGAUGAUGUGCCAGAUUCAUGAACGCAUUCACUUCUUGACGAUGGAUGGAUUAGACAGAGUAACGGCGUGUUGACCAACAACCGUACAUGAUUGCGCAACCUUGAAGGUGCGCA